CAGGAGCGAGAUUCAGUGGAAAAUCUAGUAAUGUCCAACUGUUGAGUCUGCUGAAUGCAGCCGAUGACUGACGUAGAAGCGGAAUUGUUUCGCCUGGAGCCAUCUAUUGAACCAUGAACCAUGAACCAUCUCUGGUGAAUGGUGAGAGCUGUGCGGCCCGGUUACUUGGCCGUGUUUGUGGUUAUCAAGUUUGACAAUAAACACCGGAUCGCAUCGUAUGACACGAAGUUAACACUUCGCCAACAUGGGUGGGUUGCUCAGUUACUUUCGUAACCUGUUAGGCAGCCGUGAAAUGCGCAUUCUCAUUUUGGGUCUGGAUGGGGCUGGCAAGACUACGAUUUUAUACAGGUUGCAAGUAGGAGAAGUAGUAACUACAAUACCAACUAUAGGCUUCAAUGUAGAGCAAGUUACUUACAAAAAUUUAAAGUUUCAAGUUUGGGAUCUUGGUGGUCAAACAAGUAUACGGCCAUACUGGAGGUGUUAUUAUUCAAACACAGAUGCAAUUAUUUAUGUGGUAGAUUCAGCAGACAGAGAUAGAAUAGGCAUAUCGAAGGAUGAAUUAAUUUACAUGUUACGAGAAGAAGAAUUACAAGGUGCCAUUUUGGUGGUGCUGGCAAACAAACAGGAUAUGACAGGGUGUCUCAGUGUUGCAGAAGUCCAUCAAGCACUUGGACUGGAUGCUCUUAAAAAUAGGACCUUCCAAAUAUUUAAAACUUCUGCGACAAAGGGUGAAGGGCUCGAUCAAGCAAUGGAUUGGUUAUCAAACGCACUGCAAAGUAGAAAAUGAUCAAUAUUAUGUGAAAAUUAUUCUUGUUUGAGCCUUACAAAGCGACUAGUUAUAUGACUGUCACUUUGAAUUUGCCGCCGGCGGCAUUAUGUUGCCGUUAGCACAUAUUUUUGUUUAUAUUUAUUAUAAUUAUAAAUAUUUUUUGUGCAGUCUACAGCCGAAGUAUUUGAAAAAUCGUCAUAUUUUUAUCGUUAUAUUUAACGCUGAACAUACAUGAUAAGACAAGAAAGAUCAUGUUCAAUUGCAUUCUCUAUAAUCUAAAAGCAAAAAAUAUAAUAAAUCUAGAUAAUUCUUUCAACUUAAAUUUUUCUUCAUUAAUAGAUAUUUUUAUAUUAUUGACUACAUGUGUGUGUGUGUAAGCAAUAGUCUUUUCUUCUGUUGGUUCAUAGAAUUUUAUUACAUGAUCUUAGUUAAACGAAUCAUGCUGCUAUUUAAUUUCAAUGGUGGUUAAACUUAAUAUAAAGUUGUAACAAAUCACUUGUAAUAAGUAAACGUAUCAACAAAUACGCAGCUACUGAACUACUAAAAUUGGAGUGAAUAUUUUAAAAGAAUUCGAACUUAUAAAGUGGGAAUGUUUCGGCACUUAGAUCAUAUCUGUACAAAAACAUACUACCAUUUCAAGAGAAUGGUAUUUACCAUUCCAAAGUUUUCAAGUACUUUUUCCAAGCGCGAUAAUAUUAAUAGAGUGAACAUAAAUUGAAGCUCAAUGUGCAGAUGGGACACAAAUGCAACAUCGUAUCAGCAUUUAUAAAAAUUGUUACGCAACAUAAAAUAAAGUAAAGUUAAUGCUGCCGCGAGAAAGUCGCGUUGGUAUUGCUAGAUAACAGGUACCAUUUUUCAAGUAUUUGAUAUAAGUUCCAUUUUCCUAGAGUUACACUAGGUCUAUUUAAUUAAAAUAAUUAAUUUUUAUGGUCUCAGCACCUAGUAAAUAUGCCAAAUAGUAGGUCAUCGAUCCGCAAGAGAGAAACAGAAAGAGAGAAUUUCCGAUAUAUGUUUAUUACAUUAUAUAUGUAUAUGUAUGUACUCACGAUGAGUAGCAUCCUCUGAAUUUUGAUAAUUUAUGUACUGAUCAAUGCUGUAUAUAUACAUAUAUAUACAUAUAUAUAUAUAUAUAUGGUAUUUCGUAAUAAAUAUUUAAACAUUGGCUAAAUGUUGACUAUCGUUUAGUUAACAAACAA